AUGCAUGCAUACUGCUACUCAGCGUCCGAAAUCGACCUGGAGUCAUAUUUUCUAACGGAGGUGAGUUAUAUUGACAAGUGCGUAUGGACUGACAAGGCCUGUCUCCUCACCUCUGGUAAUAAAGUCGUACCACACUUUGUCGAGGGCAUAAAAGAACUCAACACACCGCCCGUAGAUCCAUUAUUCAUCAAGAAAGCAGUAGCUGAUUCAGGCACCCUUAAGCUGAAGUUCGAAGACUUGACUGUGGUGGGCUUGAAAAAAGCUGUUUUGAAGAAAGUAGAAGCUAACAACGAUAAAACUGUGCUGACUGUAGUGAUUGAGACUCCAAUCGAAGUUAAGGGGGUUUACACUGCAGGAGGUUCUCUCCUUAGCGUACCUGUCGAGGGACAUGGUCAGACGGAGAUGAAAACUGAAAAAGUGAAGCUCACAGUGAAAGCUAAUCUGCAGAAAUUCAAUAAGAAUGGCGCCGAACACUACAAAAUUGCAACAUACGAUUUGAAAUUCAACUUUAUUGAGCAAUUAUUCAUUGAAUUCCACAAUCUGUUCAACGGAGAUAAUACCAAAGGUAAGUGUAUUACAAAUAUCAAAGCAGUAGCCCAGUUUAAACAAACAGAGCCCCUGAGUUCUGCUCAUAAAGAUUUUGAACUUUUUGAAAAGACAUACUUUUAUGGGAAUAGUAUUUGGUUCAAUAUGACUAAAGACAUAUCCAAUAGCACAGAAAUUGAUCCUAUCCGUGCGAUCAUCCGUGAGAGUUGGAGGGAUCUGGUGCCCGAAAUUGGUAAACCCAUCAUCAAGGAGCUUGCGGACAUCGUGAUCGCUGCAAUGAACAAGUUCCUGGCAGGGCUACCCAUUGAUGAACUGGAAAUCAUUGCAUAA